GCUUCAGAUUCUGAUGUUUUUUUACAACAGGAAGAGACUGACCUCACUAUUUUUUCCAGUAGGUAUUUUCCACACUAUGCUGUGAAGGUACAAAUGACUCAGAACUACUGUGUCAACUCUUAGGUAUGAUGAUGACAGCAAAAUCUAAAUGUAAUGAGCAACCUUUGCAUUCUCUUCAAUGUUUACCUGUAGGAAAAUUGUUUUGAUAAAUGCUCUGUGACUCAUCAUGUCUAGUCAUCUGAAACUAAGCUAAGGUUGUGAACAUGGUAACAACAAUCCUGUUUCGCAUUCAUAUAAUUCAUUUAGAACUUUAUUUAACUUUUACAAUUUAUAAACUUAGUUGUUAGUCCUUUAAAUUAGUAACCACACUUGCCUUCCAUAUUAUGUGUAUCAUAAAUAUGUAAAUGACAGUAAAGUCAUUUUACAAUCGUUCAUACAGAUAAUAGUUCACCCAAAAAUGAAAAUUAUUACAUAAUUCACUCAUGUUGUUCCAAACUUAUAUUGCUUCUGUAGAACAUAUUUUGAGAAACGUAUCAGUGUUUUUUUGUCCAUACAAUGAAAGUUAAUAGUCACCAAAACUAUUGGUUUCCAACAUUCUUCAAAAUAUCUUCUAUUUUCUAUGAAGUUCCAUGGAAAAAAAAAAGAAAGUCAUUCAAGUUCAAAACGACAUGAGGGUAGAGUUAUAGCAUCAAUUAUGAACGUUUCAUGGGAUACAGGGGCUGCCUCAGUGGUCAGAUCUCAAACAGAAAAACAAAAGCGUGAGAUCGAAACUGCAUUUGGAUACCUGAACACAAGUGAUGCACAAACACCUGAGCCCUCUUCAGGAGUCCAACACAAAUAUCCAAAUUUCCUCUUUUUACAUGACCCGCCCAUAUUGUCCAAGGAAUCUGGUUAGUCUGGUAGCAUGCGGACUAAUGGAGGCAUGGUCUGUGGAACUGCACACGCCUCCCAGUCAUACUCUUUCUUUUUAGUAUACAAACACCUCAUCACUGUCACCAGAGUGAAAGCUGAGCUGCAGACAGGAAUGAGUGAAGGAGGAAACAAGGCCUUCAAAAAGGCUUUAACCGGUGAGAGGAACGAAGAGGCCUCAGUUUAACAGUGGACGUGUAUAAUUUAACCCCAGCGAGAUGGCUUCCCUUGGCAUGCACAUGCUGGCGAGUGCCUUGGCCUUACUGGGAUGGACGGGAGCCCUCCUGUCCUGCAUCAUGCCAAUGUGGCGUGUGACAGCCUUCAUUGGAACCACCAUUGUCACCUCAGAGACCAUGUGGGAGGGCAUUUGGAUGAGCUGCGUGAUACAAAGCACAGGCCAAAUGCAGUGCAAACCGUACGAGUCCACGCUCGCACUAAGCUCAGAUCUGCAGGCUGCUCGGGCUCUCACAGUAAUGUCCAUCCUUUUAGGAGCAGUGGGCCUUGUUUUAGCCUUCAUCGGAGGAAAGUGCACCAUCUUCAUGGGCAGUUCCAAAAGAUCCAAAGCCAGAAUUGCCACAGCGGCCGGCGUGACGUUGAUCGUCGCUGGAAUUCUCUGCAUUAUCCCUGUCUCCUGGUCGGCUGGCAUUGUGGUGCAAACGUUUUACAACCCGCUGAUGACCAAUUCGCAGCGCAGGGAGAUUGGUGGUGCCAUUUAUGUUGGUUGGGGUGCAUCUGUCGUCCUCAUGUUGGGUGGAGGAAUGUUGUGCACCACCAUCUGCAAAGACAAAACAGAGGAUGACAGCGGUCCUUCAGUGAAGUACCUGAUCGUGCGCUCUUCGCAGGCAGGGUCCAGCAGGGCGGGCUCGCACAGGAUGCGCCCCAUCUCUGUGAGGUCAAUGCAGAGUGCCACUCCAUCUGUGAGGUCCCAAUGGAGUCAGAAAGCCCCACUGAAUCAGGGUAGACCUCCCUCCACAGACUCCUACCAGAGCAAGCCAUCAACUACAAAGUCCCAGCUUGCCAGAGCCGAAUCGAUGCCAGAGUCUGAGGAGGACAAGGGGGCGUGGACAAAGUCCCAGCUGAUUGAUGAUGGUUUGGAUCAAAUGCUGGCCCCCUCUGAACCUAGUGAGACUCCUGAAGAUGCUCCAAAGACAUACAUUUGAUUAAGAAGACAAUGAAAAUGCAAGAUCUGUGUUGACUCAGGGGACUUUCAUGGACUUGGACAGUCAUAUACCUGCUGUGAAUUACGAAUUAUUGGUCAAAUGAAGAAACUAAGAAUUAAACUAAGAAUUUAGUGGCUGAAAUUGAUAAUGAUCACAGUUGCUUAUUUAGUUUAUUUUGAUUUUUUUUUUUUUAGAGAAUUGGAGGCACUUUAGGAAAUGCAGCUAAUUGAGAUGAAGAUUUGCACUGUGAUUACACUCAGACCUCAGCAGUCAAGAUUAUUAUUGUUGUUUUAUAGUUCAUUUUAAUAGCUUUGAUACAUUUUAUGUCUUUAAUGUGUAUAUUUACACUAAAUAAUGUAUAUUCAUGAUUGUAUGUGGUAAAAUGUUUCCCCCUCAUGCUAUUUACAUAUAUAAUGUCAUGAAUAAAAUGGCUGUCAGUAGUUAGCACAGUUUGUUCUACUUUGUAAUGUAAAAAACAAAACCUGAUGGUGCUUCAACAAACAUAUGGAAAUACGUCAGUUUCAUUUAGUGUUUUUUUUUGUACCUGCUAAGAAUCUAAAAUGAACGUACUUUUGGUUGAAACACUCAUAUGAAAGCACUGCUAUGACUUUGGCCACACAUGUGGUCUUUUAGAGAUGGACAAUGGUUUGGUUCAUAUGUUACAAGAGAGGGAAAAGAACACUCGCUUCAUUGUUAGCUAUUCUUGUGUCAGCUCAAGUCCUGAAUGAAAUGGCAGAUCCAGGCCAAACCGGUUUAACAGAAAGUAUCACCUCAUGAAAACGCUUUGCAUUUUGUUAGGACACAGUGUUUAAAAAGAUCUCAGUGGAGUGAGCUAUAGUGAAGCUUACCACAUAAAAACAACAAUAAAUCUCAAUAUUCUUCUGUUUUGCUUAAAACCUUAGUUGAAUUAGGGGUUACAA